AUAGAAAACUAAGACGCUUUGUUCAAGUUGUUGCUGUGGAGUGGAGUGUCACUGCCAGUAUGUUGAAUGUAAAUGAAACUCUAGCCAAGAUGAAGAAAAUGUUACAAUGAAUCAGUCUAUGCAGUGAUGCCCAAACUACAGCCCGCGGGCCGGAUGUAGUUCAGACUGACCCGCCAAAAUAUCGGAACAAAAGAUAGGAAAUAGAAAAAAAUUAAAAAAGCCUGUGUGAGCAGUUCAAUCUGUCAACAUGGUAACUCGAUUAUGGCAGGGCUAUUCACGGCUACUAAAGAUGUACCCUUUACGAACUAUGGCUUUCACAACUGGUACAAUUAUGACUGCUGGAGAUUGUAUCAGCCAGCUAGCUAUAGAGAGAAAAGGACUUCAGCAAUAUGACUUGAAAAGAAGUAGCAGGUUUUUGGUUCUUGGAUUCUGUUUUUUUGGUCCAAUGAUGAGAGGAUGGUAUCUAACACUGGAUAAAUUAUAUGCUGGUAAAAAGUUUGCUGCUAUCAAAAUGAUGGCAACUGAUCAACUGUGUAUGUCUCCAUUUUUUCUGUCCACAUUUCUGACAGUAAUGGGAUUAUUAAAAGGAGAAACAAUUCAAGAAAUCAAAAACAAAUUUCAAAAGGAGUUUUUGCCUCUCCUCUUCACAAGUUAUAAAAUUUGGCCACUGGCUCAAUUAAUCAAUUUUUAUGUAUUGCCUUUACAACAUAGGGUGCUAUUUGUAAAUUGUGUAGCUCUUGGUUGGAACACAUAUCUGGCAUGGGUAACAGAGCGAAAGCAAUAGAUAGGAUGUGUGUGUGUGUGUGUGAAUCAUAGAUUUAAGAUUGUUAUUGGAAGAUUCAAACUUUACCAGCUUCUAGUUCAUUUUUUUAUAAUCACAUAUAUGCCAGAAAGCUUAGUGAAAUAUUGGCUUAAAGACAUUGUGACUUAUGAUUUUUGUCAAACAAUUAUUGAAAAUGUUAUAAUUACUUCAGUCAUUAACUUAAUGAAUUCAGUCUUUUGGUUUAAAAUCAGUUAUAUUAAUUUAAAAAAUCAAUAAACAAUUAAUUAUAGAGAUCAUAGUCAUACAGAUUUGUUCUUAUCUAGACUAUAUGGAACUUUUAAAUAAAAAUAAUAUUCAACCUUGUGGUCUAAAAGUAUACUUCUCCAAAGUCAAAAACAUUUUGAACUGUUUCAGUUCAUUUUGAAUUACUGUUGAAGGUUAUAUAUAAUGAUACUUGGAAGCAUUCGAAUAUAUUCAGAUAAAAAAUUGCUUUAUCUGUGAUAGUUAAUCUGCAUCCAAUGUGUUGUACUGUUUCUUUUAUUUAUUUUACUUGGUGUGUUACUUUUUUAUAACCAACAAAGACUUUAUAUUCCAACCAUACAUAAUUAUCUCAAUGAUCUAAACCAGUGAUGCCCAAAAUACAGCCCGCGGGCCAGAUUUGGCCCGCCAAAAAGUCGGCACAAAGUGUAGAAAAUCCCUUCUCCCUUUCCAAAAACCAAAAAGGUUUAAAAAAGUAUCUUAUGAACAUUAGGGUCCUGACUUUAUCUCUGAUGGAUCAGUACCAUGACCUUUAACAAUGGUACUUUUAUGAAAUAGAAAGAAAAUACAAGUGAACUCUGAAUGUAGAAUCUACCAGCAAAAGUUAAACGGAGCUUUUAUUUUUAGUGGAACAUGAUCAUAAGGCAACAUAUUUGAGUUGUACAGAAAGUAGCUUAAAAAACAACAUAUAGGCUAAGCAGCAUUAUAUAACAGAUAUGAAGGCGUUCUUGGUUGGAGCUGCAAAUACAAAAAAUGUUAAGUUACGCUUAGAUAUGGAAGGAUUUAUGGGAAAAUUUAACAAAAAGAGAACAAAAAAAAAAAGGCGUCAGCUAGCUAGCUGUUGCUUACAUUUUAAGUAUUAAGCUAUUUUCCGACGCGUAAAAAAAAAGAUAACUUGUAGAUAUCCCAUUAAUUAAUGUAAGUGCUAAUCAGUUUCUAAUCAAAUUGUUACAGGUCGAUUUCAUUUCGUUUUUGUACCGUUGUGGUCAUAUGGCCCACGACACGAGUGUCGGAAAUAAAAAUGGCCUGCAGGUCGGAUUAGGUUGGGCAUCACUGAUCUAAACUAUUUGCACUAAUAAUAUUAAUUUCAAUCAGAAUAAUAAAUAAUUAAGUACUUGACCACUUGACAUUCUAUUAUCUGCAAUAUGUUACUAUUAUUAAAAAAAUAAAAAAUUGAACAUUAUCUCUCUUUAUUCUUUCAAGAGUUCAGCAUUUUCAUAGAACAAAAUGUCUAAAACUGUUAGUAGCCAUUUAUUAUUGUUGGCCUUGAAAUGUCCUCUUUUGGACUCUUCACUACUCUGUGUCAUGUCUCUUUAUGUCAACUUGUUUAUGUACUGUUAUUUUAGAAAUGUCCUACAAAUGUCUUUAUGGGAUCAAUCUAAAAUGUUUCAUUGUAUGAUCUAUUUAGGACUUUUGUAUACGCUUGUUUAUGUUUGAAUUAUUCUGGACUAAGAAAUAUUUUAAUAUUAUAAACAGAAAAGGAUUAUUAACAAUUUUAAUUGCUUUUUUAUGCAUUUUUAAAAAGAGAAUUUAUGCCCCCCCCUCAUCUUUCCUUUUUUAUAUAUAUAUAUAUAUAAAAUAAAAUAAAAAAUUGUAACUUGAAAUAAAUUCAUUUUGAUAUGAAUGUUCUAAAAUCAGAAUUUGAAUCAGACCUUACUGUAUAUAACAUAUUUUCUUGCAUUUUGAGUGAUUAAUUUGGAAUUAAUGGUACUUUAUGUAAUAAAAUUUGAUUAUUACUUUAUUCUAAUAUAUAUAUAUUUAUUGUUUAUGUGAAUUUUAAUUUUUCUUUAUACAUUAAUCAUUUUUUAUAAGAUUAGAAUUUUUUUUUAGGUUUUUAAAAUAGUAUUUUUGAGUCUCGGUCAUCAGUGUAACUUUGACAACCCCCUACCCUUCAUUCUAACUUCUAACAUGUGUUAAAGAAAAGCUUAUAUCUGUAUUUUGAAAAGAGAGACUGUUAGUCCAGGAUGACUAUUGGGUUUUUACAGUUUUACUGGUAGGAUUCCAUCCCUAUUUCAUUACAUACAUUCUUUAUUGUAUGAAAUAUGUUUGGCUUUAACUUAGAUCUGUUUUUCUUCCUUUAAGUUUGAGUGUCACUACACAUUAUAGUCGUUAAUGUGAAUUAUAGAUGUUCAUUAUAGCCAUAUUAUUUUUACUUGAUGCUAAUGUUUUUUUAUUUUUUUAUUUUUCAUAUUGUUUUGUUCAUGUCUAUCCUUGAAAUGGUCAUUAACAUUUUAAAAAAAUAAAAAAACAGUUUAAUAUA